GUGGUGCGGGUACCUCAGGGGCAGCACCGACGGGUGUUGGCGGCGGGGCCCGCACGUUCCUGCGGGUCGGGAGCGGAAGCCUCCCCGGGCCCGGCUGCUCCGCGCGGGGUCCGAACACGCCGAGGAGCGAGGCCGUGGGUCCCUGAGCGCUGCGGCGUUCUGCGGGGCCGAGAUGGAGGUCGGCAGCUCGGAACGCGGUGCCCGGUGGUCCCCGGGGGCUGAGCCCGAGCGGGAGGAGACGAGCGGCGGCGGCGGACGGAGAGGGGAGCGGCGGGAGGACGCGGGAUCGCGGAGCGCGAUGCGUGAGGGAGCGAACUCCGGCGGGAAGGAGUUGAAGGGAUUCGGCUCCAUCGGCACCGAGCGCUGCAGCCCCCGGCAUGAGGGCUGCUCCGCGGGGAGUUCGAGGAGGCGAAGCAGAGCUGGAAGUGAGGAGCUGAAUUGGAGCCAGUCCCACAGAGAUCUAAUGAUGAUGAUCCAAGAAAUGAAAAGGUGUUUGCCUGAAGAGAAAAGGAGCUCCAGCAAGCCCAGUACCAUCAGUGCUCUCAACUAUGCCUUGCAGUGUGUCCAACAGGUUCAAGCAAACAAUGACUUUUUCCAGGCUCUGAAUGACCGAAGAGUGUUUCAGACAGAUGUGGUGACAUACACCAUAGAAGAGUUGGUGGCAGUUGCAUCUGAACACACUCCAAAAAACACUGACACAUUUGUGGCUGUCUUUUCCUUGCUUUCUGGACGCAUAGUGCACAUUUCUGAGCAGGCAGCAUCCAUCCUGAACUGCAAGAAGAAAGUCUUGGACUCCUCACGAUUUGUAGAGCUUCUUGUCCCUCAGGAUGUGAGUGUGUUCUACACACACACUGAUCAGUCCCACCUGCCUCUUUGGACCAUGGAAAGUCACACAGCUUCUCUGUAUGAAUGUGCCCAGGUGAAAUCCUUUUUCUGCAGGAUCAGGGGUGGCAAAGAUCAAGAACAAGAAAUGCAUUGUUACCCCUUUCGAAUCACCCCGUACUUGGUCCAUGUGUGCACUUCUGUCCACGUGGAUGCAGAAUCCUGCUGCUUCGCUUUGGCUGAGAAAAUUCACUCUGGAUAUGAAGCUCCUCGGAUUCCUAUGGAUAAAAGAAUCUUCACCACCACUCAUACCCCUGGAUGUGUUUUUCUUGAGAUAGAUGAUAGAGCAGUGCCUUUGUUGGGUUACUUACCUCAGGAUUUAAUUGGAACUUCCAUCCUGAUGUAUUUGCACCCAGAAGAUCGUCCUUUGAUGGUUGCUGUUCACCGGAAAAUCCUGAAAUUUGCUGGCCAGCCUCCUUUUGAACAUUUACCUAUUAGAUUUUGUACUCAAAAUGGGGAUUAUGUCGUACUGGAUACCAGCUGGUCCAGUUUUGUGAAUCCUUGGAGCAGGAAAAUAGUGUUCAUCAUUGGCAGACACAAAGUCCGGACAGGCCCUCUGAAUGAAGAUGUCUUUGCUGCAAGAAGUAAAGAAAUGAGCAGUGUUGAGAAAGAGAUCAGAGAAUUGCAAGGACAGAUUUACAAGCUGCUUUUGCAGCCAGUUCAUAGCAAUGUUUCCAGUGGUUACGGAAGCCUUGGGAGCAAUGGCUCUUAUGAGCAUUAUAUCAGCAUAGCAUCUUCAAGUGACUCCAAUGGGAAUUGUGCAGAGGAAAUACAGGAACCACUGACAUUGCAACAAGUUUGUGCAGAUGUCAACCGAAUAAAGAACCUGGGACAGCAGCUGUACAUUGCAUCCAGGAGCAAGGCCCAGAAUGGAAACAAAGAGGCUGUGAGCUCACAAGUGCUCAGUGGGAAGAGGCACCCCCCUUCCUGUUUUCUUCAGACAUUAAGAAGUGAUAGCACAGAAGAACCACUCAGUGCAUUUUAUGAUGAUUCAAAGAAGUCUCAACGUGUUCCUUCCUAUCAGCAGAUCAAUUGUGUUGAUAGUAUCAUUAGGUAUCUGGAGAGCUGCAGUAUUCCAGCAUUGAAAAGGAAAUGUAAAUCUUCUGCACAUAUAUCAUCAUCAUCAUCAUCUUCAGAAGAUGACAAGCAAUCCCAGCAGAGUCAGCAGGAAGUCAAGGCACUGGAAGUUCAUCCUCAAACUCCAGUAUCUGCUGGUUGGGAAGAGAUGCUGAAGGAGAGGACAGCUGCAGGCAUGGUGGGAGUUCCUCUGGCAGACCUGACCCUGUCCAAAAAGGCUCCAAGUGUGGUUUCUGUCACCAGCCAGUGCAGUUACAGCAGCACCAUAGUGCAUGUCCCACAUCCUGAGUCAGAAGUGACAAUAAUGGAGGAUGCAGCUGCUGGAAGUGAACAGGUUGAACUGCCUCCUGGCAAUGCUCAGAGUCUCACUCUGGUGCCUGAGUACUUGAAGCCAGUUGGGCUGACAAAAGAGACAUUGUCUGCUCACACACAAAAGGAGGAGCAGAAAUACGUCGACAAGUUCCGCCAGAGGAUCCUGCUCUCUCCAUUUAGGACUUACCUUCAGCUGGAGAGCAGAAGUAACAGUGGACAUUCCCAUGGCCAAGGAGAUUCCCCUUCAAAGCAGAUGAGCCCAGGUAGCUGUAAAAAAGGCAAACGUGGAAAAUGCAAGCGCCAGAAACCUCAGAGACAGUCCUCAGGGAGCUGCUCUUCUAGUAAAAACAGAAACAGUCUUCCAUGUGAGAAGAGAACAGUUCAGCAAGAGUCAUUCUCUCCCUCAGAAGUGUCCUGUCUGAGCUCAAGUAUGAAUGUACUAAAUCCCAUGGGCUUGCCUGUCUGUCCAGACCCACUACCUGCUUUUCCAACCUUCUCUGCAGAAGAGGAUCUUGCUUUUCACUCAUUAAAACCAGAGUCCUUGUCACCCUCACAGCUAUGCUGUGCAGCACAGCCAUGCCCAGCCCUUUAUCCUCCAAACAUAGGCACCUUUAUGGCUGUGUUUUUUCAGAGUUUCCCCAUGUGUGCUCAGAUGCCUCAGUAUGUUUAUACCCCCUCUUCAUAUCCCUGCGUUCCUCCUCCUGCUCCAUCACCAAGAGCUCUGCACUGUGUGGAUCAGCCCUUUCCAGCCUCUUCUACCCCAUCUUUGGAGGACCAACAAGAGAGCCAGCAUGAUGGGGCCUUGCUGCUGAGCAGCUCAGGGAGCAGCUCACCACUUCAGCUGAAUCUGCUUCAAGAAGAACUGCCAAAAGAGAUGGAGCUUUCCUUUACUGAUGUGAAAGCACAUGCAGAAGCUACGUGUGGCAAUGAUCCAGAAGAUAGUGGUAACAGUGAUAGUCAUUGUGCUUCUAGUGAGUUUAUGGACCGCUCGCUGUCUGAGUACUCCCAGUCGGGUACAGCUUCCACAGCAACAGGCAGUCCAUCAGCUUUAUCUAGUUCAUUAGACUCUGGCUGCAAAACGACUUCUGGUUGUGGCACAGCAGGUAGUGGGAAAAGCAGCACGUAUUUUGCCAGUAGUGAUUCUUCUGAAGCUUCCAAAGAAGAGAAGACUCAGGAAGAAGAAGAAAAAGGGCCAGUUCAUAAAUCCAAACAUGAGUCAGCCCGGGUGAUGAUGGAUCACACACCUGAGCAAGUUCUAAUGACUUACCAAAUGCCAAACAGAAUUAAGGAGGAAGUUUUAAAGGGGGAUCUGGAGAAGCUCACAGUCAUGCAGAAGCAGCAGCCAUGGUUUACAGAUGGGCAAAAGAAGGAGCUUGCAGAGGUGCAUCCAUGGAUCCGGACCCAGACUGUCCCACUGGAAAUCAGCACCCAAGGCUGUGUUACAUGUGACAUCAGGGAAGCAAGCUGUGAGGCCACAAGGACUGAUGAGAAUAUGGAAAACAAGGGAAAAUCACUGGAUUAGAAGGGAAAAUCACCUCUGCUGCAACACUGAAGAAUCAACACUUGUGUCAGUAAACUUCCUGGUGUAAUUCCCACUCUCCUUUCCUCUGGCUUUGCUGCAUACCAGUGAUGAAUCCAUCUUGCUGUCUCUUCCCAACAUGAGCAGUUGCACAUGUGAAGUUCAAAUCUUCCUCUCUUCCCCCUCCACUCCUGGCUUGACCUUGAGGACAGUCUUUCCCUGGGAGGCCAUGUCCCUUCCUGACCUCACAGGCUUGUUGCAAAAUGGGUUCUGUUCCUAACAUUUUUCUGCUCAAUGAUGAGCAAAAUACAAAGGUCUUAUGGUUCUUGUUUAUUUGUUUGAACUUGGCAAGUGAGGAAUGAAAAGAUUCAGUGGUUGAGAAGCUGCAGUGAUGAAGCUAACAGAUGGGAAAAGGUUUCAUCUCUAAGUAAAGUAGUUACCUAGCAUUGAUACCCAGCUACAAAAGAGUGCUUUCCAUUUUUGUUUGUUCAGUAUUUAAAGGUCUAAAAUGAAGAUCCUAAUAUUCUGAGGUUCUAAAAUGACUGUAGCUGGUUUGAGAACCCAGUAGGCUUUUUAAUGACCAGCUGAAAACUGGCCAGGUUAUUCUGCAUCAAAAUGCCUUUCACCAGCUUGUGCCCAUAAAAACCAAAAAUAAACUGAAGUGAAAAGAAGCAAAGCUAUUCCCUAUGUUUUUCAUGAUGAGUGUUUUGUAACCAAGUUGAUUUGUAGCUUUUGCUUUUAAAGCUGUGUUUCUCAAGAUAGGUUUGUAGACUUGAGGAUAACUGGUUUGCAAAGCCACUAGAAAUUUAAUUACAAGUAGCAAUCAAAAAAUAGGGAAGUAGUAAUUCAGGAAUUAUUUCCUGAUUGCAGGAUCUGCUAUUUAAUAGGGCACAUGUAAAACCUUCUCUACCAAGACACUACUGUAGUUAUCAAGUUAUCAGUUUUACCAAUCCAAGUAGCUGUGUGCAGUCUUUUAUGUUGCUAGCACUUGGGAAGGUGGAUUUGUAUCUUUAUUUUGUUGUUGUAUUACAGAAGUAAAGUGAGCUGAAUCCAUACAUAAAUAGGAAAUUUUAAGCCAUGUUCCUGUUUCAUUUUUGUUGUGGCAAUGCCA